AUGAACAGAUCGUUUGAAUUACAGCACACAGAUCCAGCAGCGGAUAUGUACGGCGGAGCGGCACUACCCGACCUAAUCCCUCCCGCAUGCGCAAUGCGGCCCAGUGCUGUCAUUCCGUACGGCACAGACCAGGCAGGAGCAGAGAGAGGCGCAGCAGUUCCUCCACGCAGAAUGAACAGAGCACCCAAACUCGCACAGAUCGGCCGCUCCAAGAGAGUGGACCUUAAUGAUGAAGAUUUAGACGAUAUCAUGAACAACAAUCGUAACUUUCCAAUGCCCAUUGGUGUCUCACCUGUUGCCUAAAGCCUGAUGGACUGUGUCAAAGCUGCGAAGAAGCCAACACCAUGAAUCAAACAAGUUCUUUUCAAUGUGCAUACAAUCCAAAUAAAUUAAACGCAUUUAGGAAUGGUUUAAAUAUGUAUUCACACUCUCUAUCACUUCAGACAGACCCUUACACAGUUCCCUCUCUAUCUCACUCUUGCGGGGGUGUCCAUCUCAGGACUGCUGACUGUUGCUACUUUGUAAUCACUGCUUGUUUAGCAUUUGUAACUUAAAUCUUGUGACCAUGACAUUGUGUUGUCAUUGUCACCUAUUUGUUCUACACUGCAUUUUGAUACUGGGAAAGUUAUAUCUAAAGCUUUAGGGCUAUAUUUAUAAAAAAACGCACUUUACUGGGGGAGGGGGGUACAGAUCAAAAUUAAAUGUUAUGUUCUUUGGAAGAUUUACUCCUCUUAAACAAAAGCUGUGUUCUGUAAAAGUUUGUUAAUGUGUAACUCGCUGUUUGCCUAAGAUGUGCAGUAACCUUGGAAACAGGUCUUUUGGCAUGUUUUGCAUUCUGGACAUGAAACAGUUAAUGUGUAUGGGAAGGAAACAUUUAAAUUAUCUUUAUUUAUAGUCUUUGGUUCAUCAUUGGUUUAAAUAACUUGGUGUCAACACGAAAAUGGUCAAAUACACAUCGUUAGUAUUUAUCAUGGGGAAACCAAUGGUACCAGCCUUGAAAUGCUGUAUAUGUUGAUAAAAUGUUAUUGACUUGCAUGAAAAUUGCUUGUUGAUUUUUCUUUUGUAAUUGCAAAUUGCAUUUUGGAAAAUAAAGUACGCAUGACUAUA